AUGGCUGACGCUCCCAAGUUUGAGAUACCCAAGACGUGCAAGGGUGGUGUGGUGGUGAAUGAGGGACCAGACUUCCACGUUGAAGUGCAAGACCUGCCAGUUCCAGAACCUAAGCCAAAUGAGGUCCUGAUCAAGCUCAACGCUACCGGGAUAUGUCAUUCAGACAUCCAUUUCAUGCUGAACGAUUGGGCGGUACCCAAGAUGUCCCAGAUGGGCACGAAAUGUGCUGGGCAUGAAGGUGCUGGAGUAAUCGUCAAAGUCGGAGACGCGGUGAAGACACUCAAGGUUGGCAUGAGAGCUGGUUUGAAGCCGAUCCAAGAUACAUGCGGAACUUGCGAGGUAUGCCGCUCGGGCAAGGAAACACACUGUAGUGGGGCUGUGUUGACCGGAUUGAUGUGUGAAGGGUCUUACAAGCAAUAUAUCGUUUCCCCCGAAAGAUACACUACCACUAUUCCCGACGGCGUAUCCGAUUUCAUCGCUGGGCCCAUCAUGUGUUCAGCUUCGACAAUCUACACAUCGAUUAGGGAAUCAGGCGUGAAGCCUGGCGACUGGUGCGUCUUCCCUGGUGGCGGCGGAGGCGUAGGAAUGCAAGGCAUCCAGCUCGCCAAAGCAAUGGGUCUACGAGCCGUCGCCAUUGACACGGGGGAAGCGAAACGGAAACUGUGCCUCGAAACUGCCGGAGCAGAGCACUUCAUCGACUUCGCUCAGGUCGAUAACGUGGCUGAAGAAGUCGUUCGCGUGUGUGGAGGUAUCGGUGCACACGCUGUGUUCGUCACAGCUCCGCAGGUCUACCCAAUAUCCAUGUCUCUUUUGGGGGGUCGUAUAGGUGGGAAGGUGAUGUGCAUUGGGUUACCCCCGGCGGGCCAAUUCACCAUUCCAGUCGAUCCGGGACAGGUGUGCUUCAAGAAUCAAGCUGUCAUGGGAACGUUGGUUAGCUCCAUGGGGGAUACAGAUAAGACGUUGGAUUUUGCAAAGCGUGGGUUGCUCAAGCCUAUCUACACUGUAUAUCCGUUGAGCAAGUUUGAUGAGGCAGUGCAGAAACUGAGGAGGGGUGAGAUUGCGGGGCGAGCCGUCAUUGAUUUCAACUCUGAGUAA